CUCUCUCUCUCUCUCUCUCUUUCUCUGUGUGCGCGUGUUUGUGUGUGUGUGACUCGCGGUGGGCGGCGGAAAGGCUCGUGCACAGCUCGUGCGCUGAAACAUCUGGAAUAAGAUAUUAAUCAUGCUGCUGGAAACUCUGGUAGUUUGUGUGUUCUCCUUCCUGCUCGGCCCCCGCGUUUGUGUUGGCUACAUAUUUCAGGCCGUUCAGCCUGGAGAAAAGGAAGAGCUGAUCCCCACCACUAAACUAACUGAAUGGGUGAGCUCAGCCGGCUCAUGUAAGGGACGAUGCUUUGAGCUGGUUGAGGCGGAGCCUCCGGGGUGCAGAUGUGAUAACCUGUGUAAGACCUACUACAGCUGCUGCAAUGAUUUCGAUGAGCAGUGCCUCAAAACUGCUGGAGGUUUUGAAUGCAGUGAGGACCGGUGUGGUGAGAACAGAAAUGAGGACUAUGCGUGUCAGUGUUCAGAAGAUUGUCUGGAGAAGGGAGACUGCUGCACAAACUAUAAAUCACUCUGCAAAGGUGAGAGUCGAUGGGUGGAAGGAGAAUGUGAGGAGAUUCAUUCUCCAGAAUGUCCAGCAGGUUUUCUGCGUCCUCCUCUGAUCAUGGUGUCUUUGGACGGAUUUCGAGCUUCUUACAUGAAGAAAGGGAAAUCUGUUCAUCCCAACCUGCACAAACUCAGGACAUGUGGUACCCACGCCCCUCAUAUGAGACCAGUGUACCCUUCUAAAACUUUCCCCAACCUCUACACACUGGCUACAGGCCUGUAUCCAGAGUCUCAUGGUAUUGUGGGGAACACAAUGCAUGACCCGGUGUUUAAUGCAAACUUUAACUUGCGUGGGAGAGAGAAACUCAACCAUCGCUGGUGGGGAGGACAGCCUAUCUGGAUUACAUCAGAGAAACAAGGCGUGAAGGCAGGGACCUUCUUUUGGCCUUGGGUGAUUCCACUGGAGAGGAGGAUCCUCACCAUACUGAGAUGGCUCCACUUGCCCGAUGAGGAAAGGCCGUAUGUGUAUGCAGUGCACUCAGAGCAGCCUGACACUUUUGGACACAGACUUGGACCCCUCAGUAACGAGUUGGAUAACCCCCUGAAGGAAAUCGAUAACAUUAUUGGUCAGCUGAUGAACGGACUGAAACAGAUGAAUCUGCAUCGCUGUGUGAAUGUAAUCAUUGUGGGGGAUCAUGGAAUGGAGGAGGCCCACUGUGACCGGAAAGAAUAUCUGAGCUCAUAUGGACUAAACACUGAGGAUUUCACACUCAUCCAGGGAUCCUCUGGAAGGUUGCGUCCCAAGAACCGUAGCGCACAAUAUGACCCAAAAGAAAUAGUAGCUAACUUAACAUGUAAAAUGCCUAAUCAGCACUUCAAAGCGUAUCUGAAGCAGCACCUGCCCAAGCGUCUCCACUACGCUAACAACCGCAGGAUAGAAGACAUCCACCUGCUCAUGGAGAGGAAGUGGCUGGUUGCAAUGGCUCCUCCUGAAAACCGAAUUCCCGGUAGCUGUCGGUACUUUGGGGAUCACGGCUUUGAUAACAAAAUAAGCAGCAUGCGGACAAUCUUUAUGGGACACGGACCAAGCUUUAACUUCAGAACAGAAGUUCCUCCGUUUGAGAAUAUUGAGCUUUACAACAUAAUGUGCGAUCUUCUGGGCUUGACUCCGGUCCCUAAUAACGGAACUCACGGAAGUCUGAAUGCCAUGCUGAGAAACCCUCCGUUUACACCUGUACAGCCAGAGGAAGUGACGUCUCCUGAACAUAUAGAUUCUGCUUCCACCUCCACUGCCAUCUACAAUCUGGGCUGCAGCUGUGAUGAUGAGAAUAAAAUUGAGGAAAGUACUCAGGAAUUUUCUUCAGAAGGUUCAGGACUGCCAUUAAACAAUGCUACCCACCUGCCUUUUGGACGUCCAGCUGUUCUUUUCCAGUCGCAGUACACCUUACUGCAGCACAGCGACUACAUCAGCGGCUACAGCUACGAGCUCCACAUGCCCCUGUGGACAACGUACACCAUGACAGCACAGGCAAACACCAGUGUGGACAGCACUGCUCUCCCGCUGUCUGGCUCAGAGUGUGUGAGAGCAGACAUCCGCGUCGCUCCUGAACACACACAGUCCUGCCAGUCCAGCAGCCAGAAUCCUGAGAUCAUCCGUGGAUUUCUUUAUCCCCCCGACUCCUCCUCCUCUUCUGAAUCCAGAUAUGAGGCGUCUCUGAUCACAAACACAGUGCCCAUGUAUCGAGCCUUUAAGAGGAUUUGGAGCUACGUGCAGGAGGUAGUGUUGAAGCGCUACACUGAAGAAAAUAAUAGCAUUAAUGUCAUCACUGGACCCAUAUUCGACAACGAUUAUGAUGGGCUGAGAGACACGCUGGAGAAGAUAAGAGAGCAUGCGGGGGAGGCUGUACCGGUUCCUACUCAUUACUAUGUGAUAAUAACACACUGUGAGGGAGAGAAUACCACAGUGGAGGAAUGCGAGGGGUCUCUGCGAGUGGUCUCCUUCAUCCUGCCACACCGCACAGACAACUCAGAGAGCUGCAGCAAUUCGGACGAGACGUCCGGCUGGGUUGAUGAGAUUCUCCGGUUACACACGGCUCGAGUGCGUGACGUGGAGCUUCUGACCGGACUGGACUUCUUCCGCUCAACACCCAUGCCCUACACACAGACCCUCACGCUCAAAACCUACAUGCACACUUUUGAGGAAGAUGUCUAACCUCACAGAGACACAGCAAGAAUGGAAACAUGGCAUCAUCAUCAUCAACAUCAUCUCUCUUUCAACCUCAGUGUUCUCUCCCUCUCUCCUGUCUCCUUCUACCUGGGUCACAUGUCGCUUAGGUGUAUAUUUUUAUACAGCAUAUUUAUUGUUCACUUUAAGCAAAAUAAUAGCAAUGAUCAGAUUUAACACAACUGAACAUAAACAGGCUUUCCAUAUAUAUGUGUUUGUGUAGUAUAUGAAUAUUAGACUCACAGGAUUUGUGUUGUCUGUUGUAGACUGUGAAUAGGUUGUGUUGAUGUGAAUGGGAAUAGUAUCUCUGUGGGUGUUUGUGUGAGUGUGCUGUAAGUUAAGCAUUUGUUAGUGUGUAUUUUCAGUAGCUGUUUUGUGGACACACUUCAUACCCCAGCGCGUGUGAAGACCUUUGAAGCGGAACUGUGGAAUCAGAGGGUCUGUGUGUGACUCCAUGCUCGCUCCAGUGAACUGUUUAUAACUCAUUAUAAUGUUCUUCCUCCUCACUACCGCUCUUAAUCUCUCUAACUCCCCCCACUAAAGCUGGCUACACACUGAACGUGCAAUUACAAACUGAAAGAAAAAACACUCAAAAUUUAAAUGUUCUAUUCCAUGCAGUAUUUUUGCACAAUUAUCGUAUUUUUUGCACUAUAAUGCGCACUUAAAAUUCUUUAAUUUUCCCAAAAAUCAUCAGUGCAUCUUAUAAUCCGGUGCACCUUAUGUAUAAAUUUUACCAGCCAGGUAUUAAGGAGCAGUAAAGCCACUUUCUCUGCUAAAGUACAGCUUUAUACAGGAGCUUCACUUUAGUUCUUCAAAAGUAUUAGCAUUAGCCGCUAACCACGCAAAGCACUAGCUCUUUUGCCGUUCAAAGGGGAGUAUUAUCGGCCUGUAGCCUUCUGCUUACCCCGGCUAGCAGUGCUGGAGCAGCAUUAGCAUUACCUGCUAACCAUGCUAAGCGCUAGCUCUUUUGACUGUAAUCUGUAUGUUUACCGUGUUAAAACAAGCCACGUGGGACGAACCGCUAGCUAAUAUCACCAUGGCUUACUGAAACACUCAGGCUUCCUCAGUGCAGUGUUGUUGGGACAGCAUUACCUACUAACCGUGGCAAGCACUGGUGGUUAGCUGCUAAUGCUAAUGCUAAUGCUGCUGCACCCAGACUUGGUGAAAAUCUGGAAAUCUAAGGUUACUGUGUAUUAAGAGAAAUCUGUGUAGAUUAACAUCAAGCUCUCGUUUGACAUAAAAAGAAAAUGUUUUUUUUUUUGUUUUUUUUUUAAAGAAUUACAGUUUUGUGUACUCUACUUAGCUUUACAGGUCUCACCAUCCAGCAGUGAUGCCUGCUUAUUUAGAAGGAAAACAUGGCGACACCCCUGUUCCUUACUAGUGUCACGUCUUUUAUGUGUCUUAUAAUUUAGUGCACUUUAUGUAGUGCACCUUACCUUUAUUGAUAGUGCUGCUUAUAAUCUGGUGCGCCGUAUAGUGUGAAAAAUCCGGUACACUCAAACAAAACCCAAACGAAACCACAAAAUCUAUCACUAAUGACUUGUGACUUAAAAAUUCCUUGAAAUGCAAUAAAUCUAAAAAAACAUGGAGUUGACUAGCUAACAUUGCGUCAUGGCUCGAGCAGCGUAUUUAGUGUGCAGCCUGCUUUAGUGAACUCAAAGAAUAAAGAUGGUGUGAAAGUAAGGAUUCUGCUUGUGACUCUUGGGAGUUGGGGGAACAUGCUGUAGUGCCCUAAGCCUGGAUGAGAUUAACCCAUUAAUGUCUAGUUAAACCAAGAUAGCAAUAAAUCCACAUACUGCAUCUACAGUUCUGGAAAAGUGUGCGUUCUCCUUUCACUGUAUAAAAAGUGCACUUUACAGAAAUCAUGUCACUUAUUCAACAUGUUAAUAAACUGUGGCUUGUUUGAGCUAAAAUGAA